UUUGUAUGUAUUUAUGUAAUGAUGUUUUUUGUGUCUGCCACGCUAUGUGCUGGACAUGCUUUGUGAGGGUAGAUAUGAAUCGACUUUUAUCCGGAGCGGGAACUGCGGGAAGGUUUUUCGUACAGAAUCACGUGAUGAUCUGUCAGAUAUCAGACUAGUCCCUGGAAAUAGACAAUUUAGUAGGUGUGACAGAAGAAGUGAUUUUAGCAAAAAACUUCAAAUCAAGAAAGUCACGUCUGAAACUUAAAGGCGUUUCUCCAGCAUCUGCAUGAAAGCUGUACGAGGGACUGCUCCGGAAAGCACCGGAUCAGCCUAAGUCCCGUUCUCUGUACCGUGUCGAGCAGGCCGAUUGUAUUUUUAGUAGCGGUAUUUGUAUUUUAUUGUAUUUUUAGUAGUCUGACAGUUUUGAAAACAAAAAUCGUUCACCACGCUGCUAUGUCAAUCGUUGAUGUCAACCACAAAGCAUAAUUUACGAAAAUUGCUUUGCAUUAAAACACUAUGCCUCCGAAAAAACACAAGAAAAUGUGUACCUUAACGUGCAGUAAAGCCAAUUAUCUGAGGGCUUUGAAAGAGAUUCGUGAAAAACACAUGCAACGUCCUCCUCUUGAAAAAUAUUCACAAACAAGGAAAAUUUCUAUUAUGAGUUUCUGUCAUAAUGAUCAAGCUGUCAGUUCUAAAAGUGGGAUCCCAGCUAGCACCCACCUACUUCUAGCUGAACUUCACAAAAGCAUCUAUAAACAUGAUUGGAGUGCAUGUGCAAAAUGCAUUGAAUUCUUACUGGGCACAAAUAAAUAUCUCUUGCCAUUGGUCUGGAAGAGUUUAGUAUUAGUUCUUUUAUGCCAUCCAAAUUCGACCAAAAAACAUCUUCAAGAUUUUUUACAGAUGUUACUUUGUUUACGAACAACCGUUGAGCAAGACAAGUUCAUUCAUCAGUUGCUAACACUUAGUGAAAGAAUGAUAGAAGAGGGUCAAGAAUCUAAAAUGGAAAAUGAUAGUGAUGAUGAUUUGUAAUUUAUUAAUAACUGUAAAUUAUGUAUUAUAAAUAUAGAAAUUCAUUCCAUUGUU